UCGCGACAUUGACAGAUAAACAAAAUAGAAUAGACGACGUCACAUGUUAUUGUUGACAUCCCACAUAACCUAAAAUGUCUAAGAAAUAAUUGGGUAUUCAUUAAUUAUUAUAAUUAGUUCAAUAGUUUCCUCUUUUAAAAUAAGUAUAAAAAUAAAUAAGCGAGAACACAGUGUGAUCAUUGACGCGCCUUAUUCAGUGCAGAUAAAUCUCUGAAAUACAAGAACCUACUCCAGAUAUUCAAAUGUCGGAAUGUAAUGAUAACUUAACAAGGAACACUAGGCUCCGUACUUUAGAGUCUGUGACAAAGAAUGGUUAUGCAGAUGGUGUGUCCGAUGGUCAAACUGCCCAGUUCCAAGACAGUUUCAAUAUUGGAUACAAACAAGGUUUCACUUUUGGAUUUGAAUUAGGCUUCCAAAAAGCUAUCCCAAGUAUGCAACAGACAAAACCAGAUUUGCAUGAUCAGCGAAAAAUUAACUGUCAGAUUUGUAUUAACAUGGUAAAGGCUGAAGAAAAUAUUGGGAAUUUGCUCAAUAUCCAACAGGAGAAGAAUAAUCAAUAUUUGGGCAUAAAAGACACCACAGAAACAUAAAACAUGUUACUUAAGAUGUAAUGAAAUCGUUUAUAUUGUGAGUUGGGCACAAGUUUUAUAAGUAAAGUUAUUUUGAUAAUGGUAGAGCCAGCAUUACCUAAGUAAUGCAAAAAAUUGCAAAACAAAAGUAGGUAUUGGGAUGAUAAUUUUAUUUAAACUUGACAGCGAUGAGGAUACAUUUUUCGAUGCCCUUUAUUAGUUUUAUGUUUUUUUUUUGUUGUAAAUAUAGAUUUAGUUUAUUUUAAAAUAUAAUGUACAGAUUUUGAGGUGAAUAAAUCUUUUAGACUUAAAAGUUUUGCUGUAUUUUCACAACAUUUUAAAUCUUUUCUUUGUUCUACCAUAAAGCCAUCUCUUCAAAAUAUGUUUAUACUAGUGGAAAACCCGGCUUCGCUCGGGUGAAAUUUGACUCAUAAUACACGUCUAGUUGCAAAAUGUAGGUAGAAAUUUCUGUAGUCAUCGGGUCUCAAGGAAUAUUAAAGAAAUAAGCAAGGCAUAGAUUCGUAUAGCUUCGUUCGUUAUGUUUAAUAAAUAUAAUAAAUAAAAACUGCAAAAGUUUUUA